UGCCCGGCAGAUGGGGCAGCGGGCAGGACCCUGGGGUCGUCCCCUCAGGUGACCCAGCCUCCCUGGCCAUCUCCUCCAAGCCAGCAGGGGAAGAUGGGGCGCCCACCAGACGCCCACAGCACCCUGGCCCCAGCUGGCACCACGGGGGUGCCUGGGCUCAUUCCGGACCUAGUUGCCAGGACACCCUGGCCCCACUGGGCACUGGCUAUCGUCACUCUUGCUGCUGCCGUCCUCAUUGCCUCCUGCCUCCUCUGUGCCAUCUGCCGCCCCCGCCGCAGGAAGGAGCCCAGAGACAAGGAGGCCGUGGGCCUGGGCCCCACCCGGUGCAGCCGGAUGUGGAUGACCUGGGGUCCAGUCCCGGGGAGCCCCAGCAGUGGGGGCACCUACAGCUGUCUCUGGAGUACGACUGUGGAGGCCAGGAGAUCAGGGUGUGCCUGAAGCAGGCGGCUGACCUGAAGGCGGCGGGCACGGCAGACCCCUAUGCCCGUGCAGCAUCUCCACCCAGGCUGGGCGCU